AUGUCGCAAACAGUCGUCUCGAAAGGAAUCUUUCAUGGCCUCCCGACCUUUCCGGAGCAUGAAGGAAAGAGAUUGCGGAUAAUCGUGACGGGGGCGAAUGGCAUCUCUGGUUCGGCAAUGACCAAGGUGUUGAGUGAAGCUCCUGAGAGAUGGGAGAAGAUCUAUGCUCUGUCACGCCGCCCUCCAACGGGUCAAACACCACCUCGUGUCGAGCAUAUCGCAGUAGAUUUUCUGAAGAGUACUCCGGAAGGAAUUGCUCAGGUCCUAAAGGACAAGCGAGUUGAAGCGGAUUAUGUGUACUUCGCGUCAUAUAUUCAACCACCUCCUCUUCAAGGCCAGAGCUUGUGGAGCGACAUCGAAGAAACAACCAAGCAGAAUAUGGCUCUGUUGUCUAACUUCCUCAGUGCCUUACCGUUGGCAAACAUAUUCCCAAAGCGUAUUUUGCUUCAGACAGGUGCGAAAUACUAUGGCUUGCAUCUUGGACCAACAGCCAUCCCCAUGGAAGAAGAAGAUCCUCGGCAUGGAAUCCAGGGAAACUUCUAUUUUCCGCAGGAAGAUCUCCUCGAGAAAUUUUGCGAGAAGAACAACACCAGCUGGGUGGUUACACGACCAUGCUUUAUUCUUGGUGCUGUUGAGAGCGCAGCCAUGAAUAUACUGUGGCCUCUGUCGGUUUACGCCGCCAUUCAGGCUCAUCUAGGACUUCCACUGCUGUUUCCAGGGGAUGUCGCAGCGUGGGACGUUGUCAAGCAUCAAUCGAUGUCCACCUUGAUGGCAUACCACGCUGAAUGGGCGCUUUUGACUUCCCAGGCUGGUAAUCUAGCACUCAACCAGUGUGACGAUAGUGCCUUCACCUGGGGAAAGUUUUGGCCAACACUUGCCGAUUGGUACCAGACAACCGCAAGUGGGCCAGCAAGCGAUGCCGAUGCAUACACAACCAUUACCAUGCCUUAUCCUGUCCCACCUCGUGGAUUCGGCGGACCUGGUAUUGUGAAAGCUUCAUUCAGUUUUCUUGAGUGGAGCAAAAAGCCUGAGGUAUUGGCAGCUUGGGAGGUAUUGAAAUCGAAGCAUGGGCUCAAGUAUAACCCCUUUGGUGACAAGGCUAUGGAUGCUUUUGGCCUCAUCGACGGGGAGCUUCUUGGAGGAUGGGGUCGAGUCAUCAGUAUGGACCGCAAUCGCCAGUUGGGUUGGCAUGGCUUCGUGAGUACAAAAGAAGCUAUCAAGCAGGUCCUGACUGAGAUGGCCAGUCUUAAGAUGGUUCCUCCGAUGUUGGCUUGA